GCACGCUCCGCCCGCUUUUCUAUGUCGGCGGCUCCCACCAGGGGCCGCCGCGGCGCCCGCUCUCCGUCGUCUCACUGGUGCUCAAGAUGGCGGUUAGGACGCUGCUCCGAGGCGGGUCUGUCGGGCGCGCCGGCCUGGCCUGGCGCUGGCAGCUUCACGCGGCUCUGAGGAACUACCUCGCCCACAGCUCGGGAUGUCUCGGGGGCGCCCCCGCGGACGGCGCGGCGUGGACCUGCUUCCCGCUACACGAGCGCGCCGUGCUGCGCGUGCGCGGCCCAGACGCGGCGCCCUUCCUGCUGGGGCUGCUGACCAAUGAGCUGCCGCUUCCGGGUCCCUCGGACGGCGCGGCCACGCCCCCCGCGCGUGCGGCCUAUGCCCACUUUCUGAACGUGCAGGGGCGCACGCUGUACGACGUCAUCCUAUACCGGCUCCCUGAGUGUGUGCCUGAGGCCCCUGGCUUCCUUUUGGAGUGUGACCACACCUUGCUGGAUGCCCUGCAUCGGCACCUGGCACUGUACCGGGUCCGACGGAAGGUCCAGGUGGAACCAUGGCCUGAAUGCCGUGUGUGGGCAGUGCUGCCUGCUGUCACCUGGGCUGACCAGGCAGCACCCUUGCAGGAGAGAGCAGAGGCCACUGGGAUCCUGGCCUGCGACCCCCGGACGGUGCGCAUGGGCUGGCGGCUCCUCACGCAGGACACAGGCCCAGCCCUGGUGCCUGGUGCCAGGCUGGGGGACCCACGGGAUUAUCAUGCACACCGGUACCAGCAAGGUGUCCCUGAGGGGGUCCGCGACCUGCCCCCAGGGGUAGCCCUGCCCCUGGAGUCCAACCUGGUCUUCAUGAACGGCGUGAGCUUCACAAAGGGCUGUUACAUUGGCCAGGAACUGACCGCCCGCACCCACCACAUGGGUGUUAUCCGCAAGCGCCUCUUCCCUGUGCGUCUGGCCGGCCGCCUCCCAGCGGGUGGUAUUGAGCCUGGCACCCCAGUGCUGACUGAGUCAGGACAGGCUGCCGGCAAGUUUAGGGCUGGACAGGGGGCCCUGGGGCUGGCCCUGCUGCGCACAGAGAGAGUCAAGGGGCCCCUCCACAUCAGGACCUCAGAGAGUGACCUGGUGACCAUCACUGUGUCUGUGCCAGACUGGUGGCCCACAGCCCCCAAGUAGCCUGGGCAGCCUCCACUGGGCCCUGUGGGGCUCCUGGAGCACCCCACCUGGGGAUGCUCCUGCAUGUUGUCACCGUCCUGUGUUGCACCCUUGCCUUGGGAAGGCUUUGGCUGUGGCUGAAGAGAAGGGCCUGAGCCGCCUGCCUGCCCACUGACACGUCUGUGUCCAGCUGGCAGCCCGACCUGUCCGCCACAUGGAGGGCGGUGGCCUGGGGCCUGUGGGCCUGGCUUGCCAGGGAGACGACAGGGCAGUGGUCACUCUCAGGGAGAAACUGACUGAGGCGGGACCUGUGUGCUCCUCUGAGUGGGGACUCGGACCCUGCGGGUUGGGGUGUCUGUGUGCCCUUCCUGAGUGCCCUCUGUGCCCUUCAGCUUGCUCUGUCCUGGGCACUGGCCAGAGGGCCUGUACCAUCCCAUAGGGCAGGUCCUAAAACACCCGCCCACCACUGUGCCUUGCUCCUGGAGCUGGCAGGGCUGCUGCUGGACUCCUGCUGCUGGGUGUCACCAUGCACGCUGCAAGGCACCUACCCCGUGGGAACCCCCAGCCUCCUCUUUGAGCCAGGGCGGCUAUUAAAGUGUGCCAGCAAGCAGCCCCUUCAAAGGGCAGGUGUCGUUUCUGGCCAGUCUUCCUGCAGGGCAGGGACAGUGGGUGAAGGGCAUUAAGGGCCAGGCUGGUGGCUCCGAGCUGUCCUGUGCAGGGCUGGGAGGAGGGGCUGGGGACCUGUGUGGCACUGGUGUCCAUGAGGCCCAGGGACACUCUGUGAACCCCAGCAGCCAGGGUGGGAGGGGCGCUGACCACCUGGGCUGGGUUGAGAGGGGAAGACAGGGUUCCCUUAGAUGGGAAUAGCCCCCUCCAUGGCUGUACUCAGUGUGCGGGCUGCCAUGCCCGAUGCCGAGGCUCAGCUGCUCCCUGGGCAUGGUGCAGGCGGCUCGUGAGCCCGCAGUGGCCACCUUGUGUCCCUCUCUGCCAUGGAGUGUGCGGGGGUUUUUCCAGCGCUGGGUGACAGAGCUCUUCCGUGUGCUCUGAGAGUGUCAGCGCCCAGCGCUCGCCAUGCCCCACUGUCGGAAGCACUGACUAGUGGGAGGACUUUGUGGGCUCACCCUCUGCACGUGGUUGUGUCCUUGUGUUUGUCAGCGCGUUUGCUGUACAGGACAAUCACACUCCACACGAGGAGGUGGCACAUGGGGACCGUAUGGCCUAAUCCCUCUCACCUGCCUUGCCUCCCUCUCUUGGCUCACUGCUGCCUUUUAGUUGCUGUGUGAAACAUGCAGUGUUCUGAGGAAUGGUCUGUCACAGUUGAAGGCAGGCUGGAGGCGGGUGGGAGUGGGGCAGAGCUGGGCCAGGCAGCCAGCCUGCAGGGUUUUGAGGGUGUGGCAGGCGGGGCAGGGAGGCUUUGAACUAUGUGCUUGGCCAAGGUGCAGUGGCUGAGGAGGGCGCUUGCCCCAGCCAGAAUGCCUUUCUGAGGUCAAGGCAUUGUCAUACACAGGAAAAAGGGAUUUCACACGCUCCAGUACCAUGAGCAAACGCCACAGAAACCAAACCCGCAAGUUUGGAGAUGCUAACCCAGCACACAACAGAAAGUCAGUGUAUUGGAUAUAUUUAAAGAAAUAAAAUGUGGCUUUCCAUCAACUGA